AUGGAAAGAAGGAAAGGACAUACCAUGGCCUUCCACAGUAUUUACAGUUCCAGCAUCCUGGGUUACCCAACAUACAGGCCAAUUCUCCCCUACUGCAUGCACCGCUUCUCUUCUCUGUCACCAUACCAGCGACAGCUUCUGGAGAAGACCCAAAGCUACAUUCGCAUGUUCUGUGCUGGCCUCUUGGGCUUCAUCUUUGUCCUGCUGCUGUCCUUGUCCUCUUUACAUUGGGUGAAGUUCAUGGUAUUGAAAGACAAGAAGACACUCUUUGCAGGGCUCUGGACAGUGUGUCACCAUGAUCUCUGCUGGAGCCAUGUGCCAAAGGCACCCUACUACCUCCAAUUCUCCAGGGCCUUCUUCCUCAUCUCUGCCCUCAUCACCCUCACUAUUAUUAUGUGGCUCAGCAUCUCUCUCAUCAAAGGGCCAGGAGACAAAACCUACAUAGAUCUGGGCAUAUCCAUCUUCUCUUUCAUCUCAGGCACCUGCCUACUCCUCUGCCUCAUCUUGUUCCUGAUGCAAGUCAAAUUGUACAGUAGGAACGUCUUGAAGCCCCAUUUCCUAUUAGUCUACCGCCUCAAUUGGUGGAGCAGUAUCUUCUACAUGAUAGCUGGGUUCCUCUCUGGACUCAAUUAUAUAAGUUCCCGAGUUACCCCUCCAGAUCAAAAUCUCCUUGUGAUCCCUAUUUCAAGAACAAGGAUAGGAAGUGUAGCCACAGUACAGCUGGGGCUAACUGAAACAAAUGUAGGUGCUUCUACACAAAUGAGCCAGGUACUAGAAAGACAGUCAGGUUCAGUGUUACAAUCAAAGGUCCAUAGAACGGGGACUCAAACAGAGGUAGGGACCCAGACAGAGCCAGUGACAGAGACAAAGACAGUAGCCCAAAAAGUGCUAGGAACUCAGACCGAAUCAGAGGUUCGGGCUGAGUCAAGGACCCAGGCAGAGCCAGAGAUAGGAAAUGAAUCAGUAAUAAGAGAUGCGUUGACAGAGUUCACUACUGAGAUAGAAUCAAUUGAUGCAGUAGAGCCAAGACCUGAGGUGGAGAUAAUUGGAAGUGUGACUGGUGAUAUGCUAAGCAGUAGCCUUGAGGGUAAUGGAAACAGAAUGACCCAAGUCAAGGAUUGUGAGGACAGAGAGUCAGCUGAGAAAAAUGAGGAUAAGACAAAAAAUUAA